AGGGCUGUGAUAAUGAUGUUUUCAUCCAGCGUGAGUUGGAGGUGAGGUGUCCCUGUGAUACUGGCAGGAGAGAUCAGGGAGGUGCUUAGAAUCUCAGAAGAGAGACAACUGAGAUGUGGGAUUGUAUUCUGCCAGUGGUAAGAAGGUCAUGAAUGACUAGUUAAAGGCUUUUAAACCCUGCUAGAGAAAAUGGAAGUGUAGGCUACUCUGAAGGGAGUGAAAAGUCCAAGGACAAGAAAGUAGUUUAGACUGCAGUUCAUAGGCUGCAAGAAGUUUCCCUCGAGAGUCGAAUGGCUAAAGAAAGCUGUUGAGUCAAGUCUGGGGUGGGUGGGCUGCACUAACACCAGGGACUCAGUUGCUGCUGAUCCAUCCAAACUCCUCCCAUCCUUUAGACAACCACUUACAUGCCACCUCUCCACAGAGCCUUUAUCCCUCCCCCAGGCUCACCCUGGGAGAUGUAAGCAUUCUUUAUCCCAUUCUCCUACAGGCCCACCCACCAGUAGAGAGACUCCGCCUGCUUCCGGUUCCCUGGGGGUGGGACUUGUGAAAAACACAGAUUUGCAGUGCCCCACCCCAGGAGGCCUGGGAUGGGGACUGGGGAUUUGUUUUUCAUACACAUUUGGGGGAAAUGCUGAUGUAGCUCACCUAGGGCCCACACUUUUGAACACUGACAGAAACUAAAAGUAUAUAGAAGUAUAAGUAAAGUUUGAAAGUUCACCAGUUGCAGACCCAGAGAUAGUCCUGAAAACUACUCCAAAUGGGUGCACAAUACUUUGUCUACUGCCCAUGGGCUCCUUAAGGGAGCUACAUCAUGGGUGAAAGUUUAAUUUCACAAAGAGGCAAAAUCCCGGCACGACUGUCUUUUAUGUUAUUCCUUGGAGACUAAACAUUAUGUAAGACACACACAAGUGUUAGCUGGAGGGAAAUGGGCUCAGAGCUAACCUACCACGCCCCACUUCGUGUACUGUUUUACUGCUGCUCGGGCCUGGAGAAGCACACGAUCUAGGAACUGACUUUAUAAUCACCGUUUUGAACGCCGCAUCUGGUUAUUAUGUUAGGCGGUUUACCUUUCCCCGGUCAUGACUGUGCAAACCCGACAUGAUUGGUUUUGUACAUCUCAAGGGUUGGCUCUGGCCGGCAAAAGUACUAAGUUGCACAAUGCCUGUGCAAACAUCAGUGAGAUGCCCUCGAGGCAAAGUCACCUGUGUUGGUGGCAAAACACCACACAGUCCCCACCUCCGCAGUCACAGCCCCACUGUGCAGCGUGGACAGAUCACCAUCCUUAUUCUGACCACAGAGCCAAAUGACACGAGAUGGAGGGCUGCAUUAGUUAAAGAUGGGAGUAGAUCCUGUAUCAUUUUACUCCCAGGCCUAGACAAGUGCUAAUUUCAACAUGAUAAUUCCCCCAUAGAGCUGAAAUUAGGGUUUUGAGUUGGAAUGCAUUGACAUCACUGCUAAUGUUGUCAACAUCAAAUUGUCAUCAGCUUUAGUCUUUUUUAAUUAUAUGCUCUAAAUCUUUACUUAAAACCUAAAUUUCCAUGGGAAAGAAAGCACUUUUUUUUUUCCCUCACACCAAAUAGCUUGUAAAUAAACCGUUUUCUGCUAACAGAAUACAAAUCAGGUUCAUUUGGGAACAGGUUCUGCUCUGAAAUAGAAGGCAAAUUUAAAUUUUAGAUAUGGCUGCCCAUUUAGGGAAAAAAAAAAAACUCUUUAAAUCUAAGUGAUACCAAGAAUUCCAAAUCAGUGUGAUAGAUACUCUGUGAUCAUUAAGCUGUUUUACUGGGGGAGAGGCAUCUGAUUCAUCUUGCCCCAGCGGACUGCAUGGGGGACUGAGAAAAAACAAUAACAAUAGAGAAAGUGACUUGUCAGUCUUUUAGGAUAUAUUUGGUUGGCUGUCGUCAGAAGGUAGCCUGCCCUCUCCCAGGAAUCGUGUUGCAAACACUCUCCUCUAUAGUAAUUAGAGCUAGGCAGCAAUUAGAGACUUGUGAUUUGUUCAGACACACUGCCUGCCUGCCUGCCUGCCUGCCGGCCUCUCCGAGCGAGCGAGCGCCACAUCUCGCAGGAGCACCGGGCGGCAGAGAUGAUGGAAGGAUUUAUCUCUCCCUCCGUGUAAUGCCGCCGCGCACAGUGAGUGAGCGAAGGCGUGAGUGCCGACUGUAAUCUUGAAAGUGAAGGCAGUGCAUGCCACACUACUACCCUUCCCGCUCUCGUGCGCACACCCACCCUGAUGAUGCAGCCUUCGCUGGACAUCAAGCCAUUCAUGUCUUUUCCAGUGGACAGCAGCUCUGCUGUGGGACUCUUUCCAAAUUUUAACACAAAAAGAAGAGGCUUAUUUGGGACCAAUAAAUUCUGCCAGAUGGACCCUGUGCAGAAAGCAGUCAUCAACCACACAUUUGGAGUCUCCAUUCCCCCAAAGAAGAAACAAGUGAUUUCUUGUAAUGUCUGCCAGCUUCGUUUUAACUCGGAUAGCCAGGCCGAGGCCCACUACAAAGGAAGUAAACAUGCCAAGAAGGUCAAAGCACUUGAGGCAGCGAAAAAUAAACCCAAAAUGGUUCCUUCCAAGGACAGCGCAAAGGCUAAUCCCAGCUGCUCCAUCAGGCCAAUCACAGGCGACAGCUCUGACAAAUCAGAAGACAAAGCGAAAUUGAAAGCCGCCAGUUCCAGUCAGCCCUCAGGCUCUGAAGGAGGCUCCUUUCUCCUCAAGUCUGGAGCCACGCCCCUGCCCCCGGCGACCAUCACUUCUCCCUCCAAGAGCACAAAUGGCGCUCCGGGGUCUGUUGCUGAAUCAGAAGAAGAAAAAGCCAAAAAAUUACUCUAUUGUUCACUAUGCAAGGUGGCUGUGAACUCCCUGUCACAGCUGGAGGCACACAACACAGGAUCUAAACAUAAGACCAUGGUUGAGGCUCGUAAUGGAGCUGGUCCAAUUAAGUCCUAUCCAAGACCUGGGUCAAGAUUAAAGAUGCAAAAUGGCAGUAAGGGUUCAGGACUCCAGAAUAAGACGUUUCAUUGUGAAAUCUGUGAUGUCCAUGUUAACUCAGAAAUUCAACUCAAACAGCACAUUUCAAGCCGAAGGCAUAAAGACCGCGUGGCAGGAAAACCAUUGAAGCCGAAAUACAGCCCUUACAACAAGCUCCAGCGGAGCCCAAGCAUUUUAGCUGCAAAGCUCGCAUUCCAGAAAGAUCUGAUGAAGCCUCUGGCCCCGACUUUUCUGUCCUCGCCCCUGGCGGCCGCAGCUGUGUCCUCUGCCCUGUCCCUGCCGCCACGGCCAUCUGCCUCUCUCUUCCAGGCUGCAGCCAUCCCUCCUGCGCUGCUGAGGCCUGGCCACGGGCCCAUCCGGGCCACUCCUGCCUCCAUCCUCUUUGCCCCUUACUAAUACUUGCAGCCCGCAACAGGCCAGGCCAGUGGAAAGGUGUAGAAGGAAAGCCCAAAGGAUUCAGCAAUGUAAGCCUUGUGUGUGUGACUGUAAGUACCCCACUCACCCUCUGACAAAGUGCAGGCCACCGCCCAGCCCAGCCUCCAGCCACAAACGGAGGCCAGGCUCAAGGGCGCUAACCCCUUAUUUCCCAUGUCCCCUCCGUCCUACCCUAGCCAAUUGGCGUAUCUGAGAUACUUAAGUUUCUUGAAAGUAUAUUGAUCAGAAAAAGAAAACCAACCUCUGUAUUCCCAUGGACGUGAUCUGGCUUAGAAACAAAGUGGAAUCUUCCUGACAGACUUGAACGGUAGACUCUUCCUCAGUCGGAUGUCUGUAAAUAACUCCGGAAUCCAAGCGGGCAUAUUCUAGUGUGGAACAAAAGCCCAUCGCAAGUGCUUAAUUGUGGUUACCAUCCUCCCCAUGGAUCAUGGCGUUUUUCCUUUUGGUGUACUAGUGUCCACAGGGAUUGUGUACUGUUCUAGACCUGAGUACUGUUGUAUCCCGUGUAGUACUAGAUCGUAACUCUUGUCGAAUUAAACCUUUUUUUUUUUUUAUUGCUGUGUAAUUGUUAGGAAGCAAAGGUAGCUUUGAAAUUUUUUCUCUUUAAGAGAACAAAAGAUAAUGUAUUUUCUUUAUUUCGUGUUUUAUUUGGAGAGAUUUAAAUGAAAUAGAAAGCCAUAUAACAUAGCUAUAAUUACUACCUGUUUGCUAUUUUUGUUUUAACUUAUUUUUGUAGCACCCUCACUGGUUUGAGUUGCUAAGCAAAUGUGUACAGAAACAAAAAGAGCUUCCUAAUUGCACAUUUUGGCACCUUCUGUACAUCUGCAAGAAGACAAUGAAUCCGUGUAUUUCCACAUAAUGAUCUUCAUUUUCAACUUUUGUUUUUCAUUUGUAAUGAUGCUACAUAACUCUGUGGCUCUUUGAUGCAAUAAUGUACAGAAGAUAUAUAAUUUAUAAUUGAACAAUCUGUCUUUCUGUUCAGUGACUACGUCAUAGGUCAUGUGACCAUGCCCUCCCCUUCACCCUCCCCC